AUGAGCUGGAGCACCAGCGUGCUGGUGGGUGUGCUUUGGAUCACCACCUCGGCUCUGUUCAGCACUUACGCCAAUGGGCAGUUCUUGCGGCGGCCACUUGGCAAAUUUGAGCGCAGCAAGUUCAGCGUGAUAGGCGCAGCCGUUGGGGCCUCGAAUGCCUGUGCUUUCACAAAGGAGUGGCACAAGCCCUUCUUUGCCAUGGAGGGUUACUCGCGGCGGGCGCAAAUGGGAGAUGGCAAGAGCAACGACAGGCGGAGACUCCUCACCGACCGCAAUGCGUACAUCGCAUACCUGGAGGGCCACGUGGAGCGCUUCAACAGCGCGCUGCUAGAAGUGGAGGCAGCGGCCACAGAGCUGCGGCUGCUGCACGCGCGUGUGGACGACCUGGAGGAGCGACUUCAAAGCUCGCACCAGACCAUAGAGGCGGUGCAGGCCCAACGUGUCCAGCACAACGAGGUCUCGCAGACAGACAGGCAAGACACCUUAGAACAGAUCCAUCGCUUGGAAGCCAGGAACCUGCGCCUGGAGCAGGCCAUGGCUGAGGGUCGAAGUGUGGCAGAGGCGGACAUGGCAAGGAUGAGGAACGAGCUGUCACUGGCUGUUCAAGAGCUUGGCCAACGCAUAGACGAGCGCCUCCGCCUGGUGAAGGACCGAUUUGACGAGCGCAUGCAAAGCUUCCAGGACCUGUCCAACGACGAGGCCGCGCUGGUAAUCCGCGAGGCUCAGGCCACCUGCGUUCGCCUGGCGGACGAUGCCUUGGGCGCGGCGGAAGAAUCGCAGAAGAAGGUGGAGGAGGUGGCGCAGCGCACCUCCUCGGCCCAGCGUCGCCUUGAGGACGUGGUGCAGCAAACUGAGGCGGGCCUCGAGGCGCUUCGCGCCGAGCUGGUUGCCAUCAGGGCGGAGAUCGCCGGCCACGCCGUGGGAGGGGAACUUGACAAGGAUCCGAACUCGCAGGACCUCGCAGACGUGGUGGAACGGCGUUUGGCAGCCCGCCUCGGGCAGCAGGUGCUGCAGCUCAGCGAGGUGCUGCAGCGCGUGGUCUCAGCCCAGGCAGCCCUCAGCCAGCAGCUGGGAGGUCGCAACUUCCCCGCGUCGCAGCGAUUUACGGAGGACGCGGGAGUUCAUUGUCAGCGGCAGCCUGGGAAGACCUCCCUUGGCAUAUUCUGCCUAGGGCUGAUGGUGCCCUCGGUGCUGCUGUUGGUGGCCAACCUGUUGAAUUCCAUGAGCAUGCUUUGCUCUGGCGUGACGCUCACCUACGUUGUCAAGAGCUUGAUCCCCUUCUUCACUGUCAUUUCUUGCCGACUGCGUGGGCAGCGCUUCGAGACCUCGAUCUACCUUUCAUUAGUGCCUGUGUGCCUCGGCGUGUCCCUUGCUAGUGCGACGGACGUCGAGUGCAGCUUGGAGGGCAUCCUGUGCGCGCUUGGUUCUUCUUUGGCGCAAACAUGGCUGAACAUCACCUCCAAGGAGAAGAUUCAGACUCUGAAGCUCUCCGGUAUGGAGGCCUUUACUGUUAUGGCCACGGUGUGCGCCGGCCUUUCAAUACCGCUUCUGGCGGUGUCCUAUGCCAAGGACAAAGGCGAUGGCAUUGUGACAGCUUGCUUGAGUUUAUCUCAAAAGCCCUGCUACACGAGCUUCAAGGUCAUUGCCAUGGCUGCCUUUGCCUACCAUGUAGAAUACACACUGAACUUUUUGUUCGUCGCGCUUUGCAAUCCACUGGCCUUCAGUGUCACGGACAUUGUCCGACGGCUGGGAACGAUUUGUUGCGGGGCCGUGCUGUUCAACAAGCCCAUGACCUUGACGAAUGGGAGCGGCGUAGCAGGCUUCCCAGGCAAGCAGGUGCUGCAUGCCAUGCAGGCAAGGCGCCAGCUCUCGUUCCCUGUGCCCUACUGCACCUUGAAAUGGGAGGACUUGGAAGUUGCCUACCGCACACACCACGGCCGCCGGGUCACUUUGCACCGGCAGUCUGGCUCCGUGGAAGGCAGCUGCAUGAUGGCCAUCAUGGGCGCCUCCGGCGCUGGCAAAAGCACACUCUUGGACACGCUCACCAAGCGGAAGACCUUAGGCGACGUUUCAGGCAAAGUCUACGUCAACGGUCGGCCGCAAGACGAGCACUUCUUCUUCGCCUCGGCAUAUGUACCGCAGGAGGAGAACUUGGUGCCGACCAAUACCGUUGGUGAGACAGUUGAGUUCUAUGCAGACCUGACCAUGCCGCGGCAGAUCUCCAGUCAUAUGCGCCGGCGCGCGGUAUCAGAGCGCUUGCAAUCCGUUGGGCUUGCAGACAAGGAAGGGAAGUUCGUGGGCGGCCGCUUGCCCGGGGGAUUUUCAAUCCGCGGUCUCUCCGGAGGAGAGAGGCGGCGUCUGAAUAUUGCAGCAGGCGUGGUGCACUCUCCGCCGCUGGUGUUCCUGGAUGAGCCGACCACCGGCCUUGAUGCCUUCAGCGCCUUGUGCGUCAUGGAAAGCAUCCGGGCGCUGGCUCGCGCCGGCCACGUAGUGGCCUGCACCAUCCAUCAGCCCAGGCAAGCGAUCGUGGAUAUGUUUGACAAGGUGCUGUUCCUGGCCUGCGGGCAUUUGGUGUACAAUGGCCCGCCGAGCGGACUGCGAGACUGGCUCACUGAGUCGGGGCUGUGGGACCCAGACCGGGCAUUGACCACGUCGAUCACAGACAUGGUCCUGGACUGCAUCACAGUUGGCUUUGAGAAGCCGCCCCACAUCUACGGCAUUCACACCCUUCGGGAUGAGUCAGAUGUGGAAAGGCUUGCGGCUGCAUACCUUAAGUCAGCGCCGCAGUUGGACUUUGAGAAUGGUACAUUGCCGUCCGUGAGCCGAAUGGUGCACCGCCGCCCUGGUUUCCUCCGGCAGUAUCGCACCUUGCAGUGGCAGCAACUCCGAAGCUCCCUGCGCUCCCCGGGCACGCUCGCAGCGCGGAUUGGCCUGCAUUUCCUGACAGGUGUGCUCAUGGGCAGCGUCUAUUAUGACAUGGAGCGCAGCUACAUUGAGCCACCUACUGGACUCUGGCGCGCGCUGCCUCUGCCGCUGCAACGUCAUUCCAGCAUGCCAGAGAAUCGCGUUGGAGUCCUGUUUCUUCUAGCGCUGGCGCAGACGGUCACUCCAAACUGUGCCAUGCCUUUCUUCAUCGACGAUCGCCAAUACUACUCCAAGGAGUCUGCCGCGCGGCUCUACGGUGCUUUGCCUUACCACCUGGCCAACGCUGCCAGCGAGGCGGUCGUUUGCAUGGUCAACGGCAUUUGGGCCUCCGGCAUCGCUACCUACCUAGCAGGAUUGCCUUUGAGUGGCAACUGGUUCUCGACCAUGGCCUUCCUGGUCUCCCACCACAUGUGCUCCAGUGCGUUGGUGCAGAUGUGCGCGCGCUUGGCGCCAAACCAGGAUGUGGCCUUUGUGCUGAGCGCGGGGUACAUCAUCGUCUGCAUGCUCUUUGCCAACAUCGUGGUGAAGGUGGCGAUGGUCACGCCUUUUCUGGCGUGGAUCCGAUGGUGCACGUUCAUGUACUUCUCCAUGGCUGGCCUAAUAGAGGCGGAGUUCAGCGGCACCACGGAGCAAGGCUUCCCAGCCGGCGACAAGGUGGUGGAAAGCUUCCGAAUCCGCUUCCACUAUGGAGAGGAGGAGAUACACUCGCUCGACCAGAUGAGCUGUCUCCUGAUAGUGUGGUGCUUCUACGCAUUUUUCUCGACAGUGGGCUUCGUAGCCCUGAAGUUCGGAAGCAAGUCACAGGUAUAG